UUCCUGCCAACGCUGCAUUUGGCUCAAGCCCGGGUCAUGGCUGCCCUUGGGACCCUGAGCUGACAGUCGGAGUGUCCUGCGUUUCAGGGACUGUGACUCCACCCCCGCGGUCAAGCGUGAGUUCUGGGGUCCCAAGGACCAAGGCUGCUGCGGUGGGGCAGGCCCAGAGGUCGACAGAGUGGAUGAAGGAAGGAUAGAGGACCCCGGGAAGGGCGGGGCUGGACAUGAGGAGGAGGCCGCGCCUUUGCCGGGAUGCGUGGCUUACGCUGUUGCUCAGCGCCGCCCUCGGACUCCUGCUCUAUGCGCAGCGCGACGGGGUAUCCCCCACGACCAGAGCACCACCAGCGCGAGGACGACAGCUCCCGCGGCCUACUCCUGGUCGCCGAGCACUGGAGCUCCCCAACACCGCCCACGCGGCCCCGCCAGCCUACGAAGGGGAGACCCCGGUGCCACCCACACCUACGGACCCCUUUGACUUCCGCAGGUAUCUGCGCGCCAAGGACCAACGGCGCUUUCCGCUACUAAUUAACCAGCCGCGCAAAUGCCACAGCGACGGCGCAUCUGGCGGCUCGCUCGACUUGCUCAUCGCAGUCAAGUCUGUGGCCGCCGACUUCGAGCGGCGGGAAGCCGUUCGCCAAACUUGGGGCGCCGAGGGUCGCGUGCAGGGGGCACUCGUGCGCCGAGUGUUCUUAUUAGGCGUGCCUAAGGGGGCGGGCUCCGGCGGGGCAGGCACGCGGACGCACUGGCGCGCCCUACUGGAAGCUGAGAGCCGAGCUUAUGCAGACAUCCUGCUCUGGGCUUUCGAAGACACCUUUUUCAAUCUAACGCUCAAGGAGAUUCACUUUCUAUCUUGGGCCUCAGCAUUCUGUCCGGAUGUACACUUUGUUUUUAAGGGCGAUGCAGAUGUGUUCGUGCACGUGAGGAACCUGCUGCAGUUUCUGGAGCCGCGGGAUCCAGCCCAGGAUCUUCUUGCAGGUGAUGUGAUUGUGCAGGCAAGGCCGAUCCGAGCUAGAGCCAGCAAGUACUUCAUUCCCCAGGCUGUGUAUGGACUGCCGGUUUACCCUGCCUACGCAGGUGGUGGUGGGUUUGUUCUUUCGGGAGCCACACUCCAUCGCCUAGCUCAUGCCUGCACGCAAGUUGAGCUCUUUCCCAUAGAUGAUGUCUUUCUGGGCAUGUGUUUGCAGCGCUUGCGGCUCACACCUGAGCCUCAUCCAGCAUUUCGCACCUUUGGCAUCUCCCAGCCUUCGGCUGCACCACAUCUUCGAACCUUCGACCCCUGUUUCUACCGAGAACUGGUGGUAGUGCACGGGCUAUCUGCAGCUGACAUUUGGCUUAUGUGGCGCUUGCUGCAUGGGCCUCAGGGGCCAGUCUGUGCACACCCACAGCCUGUGGCAACAGGUCCCUUCCAAUGGAAUUCCUAGCUAUCUCUCACGAUAUCAAACCUCUUACUCAGCUCCAGGACAGAACAUGAAAAAGUCCAAAGGGGUUUUCUAUGAGUUUAUGGCUUUUCUUCAGAUCACUCAAUGUGUAGUAGUGCUAAGCCAACGAGAUAGCCAGGGCUAAGGUGGUGGUCUGUGGUUUGACCAGCACAGAAGCUGGCACACUUAAAUAUUAGUAGUCAAGAGCACCAUUGUGUGUGCCAGCUGGGGCUCGGCUUUUCAGGAUGUUUAGGAUGAUAAAAACACAAGUUGAUCUACCCAUGGCCAAACCUCACAGCCAUUUUCCUUUAGUUAUUAGCUUCCUUCCUUCUCUACAUUGGCUUCCCAUUGGCUUUAUCUUAUCUGUCCCCUUUGAGGUCUGGUGAUAGAGCUAACUAACCCUUCAGGUCCAGGUUUGCCUGUAGCAUGAGGGAUGGGGCCAUGAUGUGUGUCAUGUGAUCCAUCCCCUUCCCAGAAGAAAUCCUAAGAUUCCUCCACUAUAAAAAUUCCCAUAUUCUUCAACCACAACGUCGAGGAAACCGACAGUUCACAUUUUAGUACAAACACCCCAGCACAUGGCAGCAUAUGGCAAGCUGUCAGUGAGGUGCUAAUUUAUUGGAUCGGGAUGAGGAAGUCUCCUCUGUUCAAGAGGAUGGGGACAGUCCUGGCUACCCUGACAGUGAGAUAUGCAGGGUCUCUGGCCAGAUGAAGGUCCAAAUGGGAAGACACCUGUCAAUCAGUCAUGGGAGUGCCACACAGGCCUGGCUGUAGGUACAGGAACCAUACAGACAGCUGGGGCAGGUCCCCUGCACAUUCAUCAUGAACUAUACAAGAUGAGGCUGUACAUGAGUUAAUUACAAAAGUCAUUAUUUACAAAAAUCUGUACACACAUUUGAAAAACUCACAAAAUUGUCAUCUAUGUAUCACAAGUUGCUAGACCAAAAUAUUAAAAAUGGGAUAAAAUUA